GCUCCAGCUCGCAAACCUCACAAUCAAGCUUGUAUCCAGAAUCCAACCUGUAAACAUGGCUCAAGCACUACAGUCACUGUACAAAUACGCCAUCCCGCUUGCCGUCGGCGCCUCCUUCGUCCAGGCCUCGAUUUACGAUGUGAAGGGUGGCACUCGAGCUGUGAUCUUCGAUCGAUUGUCUGGAGUGAAGGACACAGUUGUGAAUGAGGGCACGCAUUUCCUGAUCCCAUGGCUGCAAAAGAGUAUCAUCUACGAUGUCCGAACGAAGCCAAGAAAUAUCUCAACGACGACCGGAAGCAAGGACUUGCAGAUGGUGAGCUUGACUCUCCGAGUUUUGCAUAGACCAGAGGUUCAGCAGUUGCCCAAGAUUUACCAAAACCUCGGUCAAGAUUACGACGAAAGAGUCCUACCUUCCAUCGGAAACGAAGUCCUCAAGUCCAUCGUCGCCCAGUUCGAUGCUGCAGAACUGAUCACCCAGCGUGAAGCAGUCAGCAACCGCAUCCGAUCCGACCUCCUCAAGCGUGCCCAAGAAUUUAAUAUUGCGCUGGAAGACGUCUCAAUUACGCAUAUGACAUUCGGCAAGGAGUUCACUCGUGCAGUAGAGCAGAAGCAGAUUGCUCAGCAGGAUGCUGAGAGAGCUAGAUUCAUCGUAGAGAAGGCUGAGCAAGAGAGACAAGCAAACGUUAUUAGAGCUGAGGGAGAAGCCGAGUCUGCGGAUACGAUUAGCAAGGCCGUGGCGAAGGCUGGUGAUGGCUUGAUUAUGAUCAGAAGAAUUGAGGCCAGUAGGGAGAUUGCACAGACAUUGGCGGGCAACCCUAAUGUCACAUAUCUUCCGGGAGGCGGUGAGGCUGGAAAGGAGGGAGGUGGGAAGUUUUUGUUGGGGUUGAGAUGAUUAAUGAAGGCGGAAUUGUAACAAUAGCAUGGCAAAAUGUAAUCAUCCCCACUGGUCAGGUCAAAAGCACCCAC